CUUUCUUUCUUUUUAUUCUCUCAUCACUCUUUUUCUUCUGUCCACAUUGUUUUAUUUAUUUAGACAAGCUUAUCAGUUAGACUUAAGACUUAAGUUUGCCUCUCUCUCUUGUUCUCUUCAUCUUAGUCCUUGAAACCACAUGUAUAUAUUAUGCCCACUAUAUAGGAGGCUGAGAGCAAGAGGAAGCAAGAGAUGGAGGAAGGAAGUGAAGAGAAGAAAGAGGAGGAUGAUGGAUGCUGCUUGUGUGGGGACGUGGGGUUCUCCGAUCGUCUCCUCCGUUGCAGUUGUAGUAGAUUACAACACACAUACUGCAGCAGAGUGUACCCAAACAUCAAUAUGUCAAGCUGGCAAUGCGAGUGGUGCCUUUACAAACACAGCAAGUAUCACCAGAAACAACAGCAACAGCACCAUUCCACCAUUACAAACGCUUCGUUGAAGAAGAGGCAAAGAGAUAAAGGGGAGAUGCAAGUUUUCAUUCACGACCAAAAUAAAACAGUAACUUCAAAGAAGCAACGUCGGCAGCAGAAAAAUGAGUCAUCUUCAUCGAUGCCAUCCGUGAGAACUUGCCAUAGGAAUCAGUUGAGGAAACCCAGUGUCGUUAGUCGCCGUUAUAAACUGCUAGCAGACGUUUUAUGCUGAGAUCAAAGAUGAUAUCACUACCCAAGUCUCUUGUACAGAACAUCACUAUUGAGCAAAUAUGGUCCUUUGAGGCUCUAUAUAAUGUUAUUUGCAGGGUCCAAAGUUCAGCAAACUUAACUCGGUAUGGAACAAAAGAAAAAAAAAAUUAUCUAUUGCAUAUAGACCAAGAAUGCAAAGAAUAA